CCCAUUCGUGGAUGCACCUGUUCCAUUUCCGGUAUUUCCCGUUGACCCGGAAGUGGAACCGUGCCCUUUGCCGCCCGACACUUUAGAUGACGUAGUACGCAAGUACACAACACACGGAUCCUGGUGCUAUUUUGGAACAAGACAAGCCAAAAUGAACUGGAAUAAAGGCGGAGGGGGCCAUAAGAGAGGGUUUGGCUUUGGCGGCUUUGCUCUCGGCAAGAAGGAAGAGGGGAGGAAAGGUGGCGGCCCCAACUAUGGAAUGGUUCCUCCCGUGGGUCAGGGUCAAGGUGUGUUCACCAACAUGGACAUCACUGUGGGGAGGAAGAGACACGCCAUGAGUGAUGAACAGAGUUACUUUGAUGAUGAUGAUGACGAUGAAGGGAACGUGCCGGCCGUCAGUCCCGGACGUAAACCUGCCGACAGUGAUGAAGACAGUGAAGAGGACCCCCUGGACUCUUUCAUGGCUCAGGUGGAAACUGCAGCAGCUAGAGAUUUGGAGAACAUGGGCAAGAAAGAUGAGAAGAAGACAAAAGAAGAGAGAUUUGACAUAGAAGAAAUGGAUGACCAGGAAUCGUACUUUAAGUACAUGGAAGAGAAUCCCCUAGCAGGGGUGAACCCGGAUGAUGAUGAUCCUAUUGUUGAGUACGAUGAAGAUGGAAACCCCAUUGUACCCGAAAAAUCCAAAAUCAUUGACCCCCUGCCUCCCACAGACCACUUGGAGAUUGAUUACCAGACGUUUGAAAAGAACUUCUACGAAGAACACACAGAUAUCUCCAACCUCUCACCGGCGGAGGUCAACGAACUCAGAAGAAAGUUGGACAUAAGGAUAUCAGGUGCAGCCCCACCCAAACUGGUGACCAGUUUUGCCCACUUUGGUUUUGACGAGCAGCUCCUGCAUCAGAUCAGGAAGUCUGAAUACUCCCAGCCAACCCCCAUCCAGGCUCAGGGCAUCCCUGUGGCCCUAAGUGGCAGAGACAUCAUCGGGAUCGCAAAGACGGGCAGCGGUAAGACGGCGGCGUUCGUGUGGCCCAUGCUGGUGCAUAUUAUGGACCAGAAGGAGUUAGAGCCGGGGGACGGACCCAUAGGGCUCAUCUGUGCUCCAACCAGGGAACUGUCACAGCAAAUCUAUGCUGAAGCUAAGAGGUUUGGGAAGUGUUAUGGCCUGUCAGUGGUGGCUGCUUAUGGAGGAGGGAGCAUGUGGGAACAGACCAAGGCUCUGCAACUGGGCGCUGAGAUUGUUGUGUGCACUCCGGGUCGUCUGAUAGACCUUGUGAAGAAGAAAGCCACCAACCUGCAGAGAGUGACGUAUCUGGUGUUUGAUGAGGCAGACAGGAUGUUUGACAUGGGAUUUGAGCCACAAGUCAGGUCUAUAGCCAAUCACGUCAGACCAGACAGACAGACCCUACUGUUCAGUGCCACCUUUAAGAAGAGAAUAGAGAGGCUGUGCAGAGACAUUCUCAUGGACCCCAUCAAGGUGGUGCAGGGCGACCUGGGAGAGGCUAAUGAAGACGUUCAGCAGAUAGUUGAGAUCUUCCCGGCAGGUCCACCCAAGUGGCAGUGGCUGACCAGGAGACUGGUGGAGUUUACUUCAGUUGGCAGUGUUCUCAUCUUUGUGACCAAAAAGGCCAACAGUGAAGAGCUGGCCUCCAACCUGAAGGCUCAAGACUUUGAAGCCGGUUUGCUCCACGGAGACAUGGACCAGAGUGAGAGGAACAAAGUUAUCUCUGACUUCAAGAAGAAAACCAUCCCAGUAAUGGUAGCUACAGAUGUGGCAGCUCGUGGUUUGGACAUUCCCUCUAUCAAGACUGUAGUGAACUAUGACGUGGCUCGAGACAUCGACACACACACCCACAGGAUCGGUAGAACUGGAAGGGCUGGUGAGAAGGGUGUGGCCUACACCUUGAUAACCACUAAGGAUGUGCACUUCGCCCCUCACCUGGUGAGGAACCUGGAAGGAGCCAAUCAGAGAGUACCUGAGGAGCUCAUGAACCUGGCCAUGCAGAACAACUGGUUUAGGAAGAACCGGUUCAAGGGAGGACGAGGCAAGAAGAUCACCGGCUUUCAGAAGAGAGAGAGACCUGGACUCGGGGCAGAUCUCAGUAGCGGAGGCGGCAAGAAUGAUGACUAUGGGGAGGAUGAUGAUGAUGGGAACAUGUCCGUCCCAAUGACCUACAGCACCUUUGGAGGGGACAACGCUUACUCUGCCGGCGCCAGUCGCACGGCCGCCGGACCCCAGAGUGACCGACUGUCUGCACUGAAAAGUGCCUUCAUGAACCAAUACCAGAGGAACUUCCAGUCUGCGAGCGACUCGAACAAGCCGUCCUUCAAAAGUGGGAGCAGCCUGAGCACAGUGGGGGCGCCUGGAGGCGUGGGGGGAUUCCAGAGUGGGAGUAGCCUGAGUACAGUGAAGGCACCAGGAGGCAUGUCAGGGUUUCAGAGUGGUACCAGUCUGAGUACAGUGAAGGCACCAGGAGGCAUGUCAGGGUUUCAGAGCGGGAGCAGUCUGAGCACCGUGGGGACGUCGGGAAGUAAAGGAGGGUUCCAGAGUGCAGGCAGUCUCCACACGGUUAGCAGCCCUACUGGUCCCAGUGGCGGUGGAGGAGCAGACAAAUUCACAAACUUUGCUGUUCCAAAGGACCCUGUCACCAGCCCUUCAGCACUGAGCAGAGCACACAAUUCGCCAGGCAGCAGAUUCGGCAGUUCCUCUGGUAGCAGCAGCAGUUCGCACAGAGAUCGGGACAGGGAUCGCGAUCGGCACAGGGAUCACCACGACCACGACAGGAGUCGGGACCGCGACAGGGACCGGGACCGUGAUCGGGACAGGCACCGGGAUCGGGACAGAAACAGGGAUCACGACCGCCACAGGCACGACAAGGACCGAGACAGGGACACUGACGGUUUCAAAGCGCCCGGCCCUGUAUCGUCACCGCCAAGUUCAAAGCCACCAAAGUCAAAGAGAAGCAGAUGGGACUCUUAGACAUCCCUUCCUGUGUUUUUUUACUCUAAUUGUGUCAUGUAUUAUAAGGAUAUAACAUGCUGUGACUGUGGAAGAGUAGCUGAGUGUUAGUAUUAGAUAGAUUUUUCAGAUAUUGUGACAGUGUUUUACAUUUACCAGUAUAUCAAAUUUGUAUGUGUACUUACUCAGCAAGGACAAGUACAUGUAGUGUCCUAUCCUAACUACUUGAUUGUGUACAAAUCACUUCAUACAAACAAAAACUUUAACAUCUUUUGUGGCUGCUAAAUAUAAUGAUUUGUUAGUGAUGGAGUCAAUGAAGAUUUUGAGUUUCUUUGCACUGAGAUUUUACAUCAUUCAGGACAAUAGUGAGAAGUAUAUGAUUGUAUAGUACAUCGUGAUACGUUUUACAAACUACAGUUGUUGCAGCUGUCAUAGUUUUUGUGUUACAUUGCUGCAUUUUGGUUCGUUUUGGGGGGCUUUGUAUUUAAUGUACAUUUAUAACAACUGCAUUUGGUAAGCAUGUUUUCUUGAAUGUAGAACAACUUAUAAGUAGAUGAAUUUUGAAUAAACUUAAAUGGUACAUUGUACUUAGUAGGAAAAUUUGAAAAGUGAAGUCCUGAUAUGUACUGUCAUUCUCCAGAAUUUUGCUAAAAAUUCAAAAGAUUUGCAUAUCAAAGUAAUGUCUUCCUUUUUGCUUCCAAAAAUGUUGAACUUUUCUGUCAUUGAUGAAUUGAUAUCUGAUCAUUGAUGUCUUGGACUAAAAGUCGAAGGAAAAUGGAAAAAAGCCUCAGCUUCUUUGUACAUUGAGACAAAACCGAUUUGAUAUUUUGCAAGAAGAUAUAGAUGCCAUGUAGACUUAUCUUUCUAUACAAAGUAGCCAAAGCCCUUGCUAUGAUGUGUACUGUGUUCUGAAUGCAGUGAAAGAUAGCUGUUAGAAAUAUCAUAGGAUGCAAUUUUACUGAUUUAAGUUGGUACUAAUACAUGUUAUGUUUACAGUGUUGUUUUUUUCAGGGAAAGCACAUCUUUUCAUCCCUCAAUUGUAAAAUGUGGACUUCUUGUACAGAAUUCUUUGACAACAGAAAUAGAUUCUUCUACACUGUGGCUAUUUGGAAAAGAUUCCUGAUACACCUUUAUUCAUGUCGUGUAACUUGAAUGAAGAUUACAAACCCAAUUU